UGGCACACCCAUCUCUCUCCCUGUAUUUGUCUCUGUCUCUGUCUCUUUCUCUUGUCAUCAUGAGCUGAGUAAACAUCUGAACUCCACGGCUGCACAGAGAGACAGCAGAAACGGAAAAAACUUCACAAAGGUGUGCAGAAGAAGAACAUUUCAACAGUAUGGGCUCUGGCCAGAGCAGCGAAAAGUUCCACUGUAACCGCUAUUUGAAGAGACAGGGUCCUCCAUCACUGGCUCAACAAGCUAAUGAAGGGGUGAAUGGGAUGAGAACACCGAAUGGUUGCCAGCCAGAGGGCCAGAUGACCUGGGUGAUCCUCCACAAAGAUCUGCCUGGAUUCCCUGAUGACAACACCCUGCAGCUAAACUACAUAUUCCCAGAUGGAACACAGACAGAGAAACACCCUCACCCUGGCCAGCCUUAUGCAGGUCUGCGGCUCUGCGCUUAUCUGCCUGACAACCAUGAGGGCAGGAGAGUUCUGAAGCUGCUGGACAAGGCCUUCAACCAGGAGCUCCUGUUCACUGUUGCCACCAAAGAUGGAAAGGACAUGGUCACUACAACCUUUAUCCCCCUAAAAACACAACCAGACGGUGGGAGCACAGUUGAUGGCUACCCUGACUCUGACUACCUGAAGAUUGUGAGAAAGCUACUGAGGGAUAAAGGCAUUGUAUAAAAGAUGACACACACACAAUGAAGACAGAGACUUCUAUCUAACAUCUAUAGUGUAUCUAUGAAUGCCCAGUAAACCUGUGCCGUAAUUAACUAGAACAUAUCUUUUAGAAAAUAUUAUCAGAUUUUUUUGUGGUCAAAGUGUAAGCAUGAUUGUAAUCUGUGUAUAAUUGCAGUACUUAGGUUUGAAGUAAAUGUAUUAUAGCAUGUAUUGGCUCCAAUUUUUGGUAUUGCUUUAGGUGCAAUGAUGUUGUCCAUUCUUGUGGGAAGCAAUUGUUUUAUUAUAUAUCAUUACAAAAACAAACUUUUAAACUCAGAGUAUGGAGUCUUAUUAUCGUAGUUCUAGACCAAUAUAAAUGGGCCAUCGUAUGAGUGAAGUAAAUAUUAAAUUUUUUUUUAAGCAGUACAUGGAACAAUCUAAACUCCGUGUACUGAACAGAUACAUUUGUUUGUACAGUCCUAUAUAUUAUCCUAUGAUUGAGUGAUUGAAUUAUAAUUUAAGUGUGUGAGUGUGUG